GGCGACGCUGACCGUUGGCUGAGGUGGUUUUUCCAGGUUCUUUUGAGAGGAAUUUCGGAGGAGUUGGUAGAGUCGACAAAGUCAAGGUAUGCAGCAGCCUGAGGAAAUGGACCCAGCACAGAUGAUGCUGCAGGACUGGUGUGGGUGGCUGGGCGCCAAUGCACAGCGCUCCCUGCUUAUCCUGGGCAUCCCUGAAGACUGCAGUGACCAGGACUUCCGGGAGGCCAUGCAGGCUGCCCUCCAGCCACUGGGUAGCUACCGAGAGCUGGUCAAGGUCUGUCGGAAGGAGCUUGGCUCCAAGGUUGCCUUGGUCGAGUUCACUGAGUAUUUAAACCGAAGUUUGAUCCCCCGCCAGAUAAUGGGUAAGGGGGGACCCUGGUCUGUGGUCUUCCUGCCCCAGGCUCCUGAAUCUGAGCCAGAGGAUAGAACCUACUUGUCUGCAUGUCCCCAGAGGCAAACAGGGCCUGGAGGCUCAGGUGAGGGCGGAGCCAAAGGCAAGGAGGGAUCAGAAGGUGAGGCAGAGGCUGCCAUUGUGGAAGGAGCCAGGGCUGAGGCAGAGGCGGAAGGUGGAGCAGGAUCUGUAGGUGGGAAAGGAGCUGAUGGGCUGAUAGACACUGCAGGAGAGGCAGGAGCUGAGGCCACAAUUGAAGGUGUUCUCGAGGCUGCAGAGAACCUAGAGGGGGCUGUGGGUGGAGAGGGAGCUGUAGGUGGAAUGUAUGCCAGAGGUGGAGUAGGAGCUGCAAGAAGGGCAGGAGCAGCAGGAGCUGUAGGCGAGGCAGGAGCUGCACGCGAGGCAGGAGCUGCAGGCGAAGCAGGAGCUGCACGCGGGGCAGGAGCUGCACGCGGGGCAGGAGCUGCACGCGGGGCAGGAGCUGCAGGCGGGGCAGGAGCUGCAGGCGGGGCUGGAGCUGCAGGCGAGGUAGGAGCUGCAGGCGAGGCAGGAGCUGCAGGCGAGGCAGGAGCUGCAGGCGAGGCAGGAGCUGCAGGCGAGGCAGAAGCAGAGGGUGCGGAGGCUGACCUGGAUGAAGAAGGCUAUGGAUGGGAGGACUACGACGAUGUGGCUGAGAUGGAAGCUGGAGAGGAAGCAGGAAUGUCGGAUGAGGAAGGUGCGGCAGGUGACACAGGUGUGGCAGGUGUGGCAGGCUCUGUAAAUGUGGCUGGGGCAGCAGGAGAGGCAGGCGUGCCAGGCCAGGUGAGGCUGUGGACCCAUCAGUGGAGGCAUGUUCUCCAGCCGGCGCAUGAGAGCAGGGCCUACCAGGAGCUCAGAACCUUCUCGGGGCGCGAGGAGCUGGAGCUACGUGGCGAGUCCUUCGAGAGCUGGCUACACCAUGCCAACGACAUGAUGUACCUGUGGCGCCAUGUGCCGGCAGGGGAGCGGCGGCGGCGCCUGGUGGAGAGCCUGGGUGGCCCUGCCCUGGACUUUCUGUGUGGCCUCCUGGCGGAGACCCCCGGCCUGACUGUGCAGGACUGCCUGGCUGAGUUGGUGCGGGUGUUCGGGGACAGAGAUGUGCAAGUGAGAGCACGCUUGCGCUUUGUGACCUGUGCACAGCGGCCACGCGAGUCACUCUUUGCCUACGUGAUGCGCCUAGAGGGCCUACUGCAAGUUGCCAUGGAGCGGGGUGCUAUCAACCCCUGCGUGGCCAACCAGGUACGCGCCCGCCAGGUGCUCAUGCAGGCCCGCCCCAACGAGUUGCUGCAGAGCCGGCUGCGCAGGAUGAGGCUGGAGCGGAGGCCUCCUGGCUUCCUGGGGAUGCUGCGGCUGGUGCGCGAGACGGAGGCCUGGGAGGCACCACCCAUGAACGAAGCCAUCUUUAUUAUUGCAGCCAGUGAGGAAGUUGUGCGAUCAGCAGCCGCCAAUGAGGAGGCAGCCCGUGCCAUCACAGCCAAUGAGGAAGAUGCCCUCUCUGCCUCAGCCGGUGAAGAAGCUGACCGUGCUGCCUCAGCCAGUGAGGAAGCUGCCCGUGCCACCAUAGCCAAGGAAGAAGCUGCCCACUCUGCCGCAGCCAGUGACGAAGCUGCCCAUGCCACUGCAGCCAGUGACGAAGCUGCCCAUGCCACUGCAGCCACUGACGAAGCUGCCCAUGACAAAGCUGCCCGUGCUGCCGCAGCCAGUGACGAAGCUGCCCGUGCCAUCGCAGCCAGUGACGAAGCUGCCUGUGCCGCCGCAGCCAGUGACGAAGUUGCCCGUGCCAUCGCAGCCGCUGCCCGUGCCAUCGCAGCCAGUGACGAAGCUGCCCGUGCCGCUGCAGCCAGUGACGAAUCUGCCCAUGCCAUCGCAGCUGCUGCCCGUGCCAUCGCAGCCAGUGAUGAAGCUGCCUGUGCCGCCGCAGCCAGUGACGAAGUUGCCCGUGCCAUCGCAGCCGCUGCCCGUGCCGCUGCAGCCAGUGACGAAUCUGCCCAUGCCAUCGCAGCUGCUGCCCGUGCCAUCGCAGCCAGUGACGAAGCUGCCCGUGCCGCCGCAGCCAGCGACGAAGCUGCCUGUGCUGCUGCAGCCAGUGACGAAGCUGCCUGUGCCGCUGCAGCCAGUGACGAAGCUGCCCGUGCCAUUGCAGCCGCUGUCCGUGCCAUCUCAGCCAGUGACGAAGCUGCCCGUGCCAUCUCAGCCAGUGACGCAGCUGCCCAUGCCGCCGCAGCCAGUGACGAAGCUGCCCGUGCCAUCGCAGCCAGUGACGAAGCUGCCCGUGCCAUCGCAGCCAGUGACGAAGCUGCCCGUGCCAUCGCAGCCAGUGACGAAGCUGCCUGUGCCAUCGCAGCCAGUGACGAAGCUGCCUGUGCCGCUGCAGCCAGUGAUAAAGCUGCCCGUGCCAUUGCAGCCGCUGUCCGUGCCAUCACAGCCAGUGACGAAGCUGCCUGUGCCAUCGCAGCCAGUGACGAAGCUGUCUGUGCCGCCGCAGCCAGUGACGAAGCUGCCUGUGCCGCUGCAGCCAGUGACGAAGCUGCCCGUGCCAUCGCAGCCGCUGCCCGUGCCAUCGCAGCCAGUGACGAAGCUGCCCGUGCCAUCGCAGCCAGUGACGAAGCUGCCCGUGCCAUCGCAGCCAGUGACGAAGCUGCCUGUGCCGCUGCAGCCAGUGAUGAAGCUGCCCGUGCCAUUGCAGCCGCUGUCCAUGCCAUCGCAGCCAGUGACGAAGCUGCCCGUGCCAUCGCAGCCAGUGACGAAGCUGUCUGUGCCGCCGCAGCCAGUGACGAAGCUGCCUGUGCCGCUGCAGCCAGUGACGAAGCUGCCCGUGCCAUCGCAGCCGCUGCCCAUGCCAUCGCAGCCAGUGACGAAGCUGCCCGUGCCACUGAAGCCAGUGACGAAGCUGCCCGUGCCGCUGCAGCCAGUGACGAAGCUGCCCAUGCCACCAUAGCCAGUGACGAAGCUGCCUGUGCCACCGCAGCCAGUGACGAAGCUGCCUGUGCCACCAUAGCCAGUGAAGAAGCUGCCCGUGCCACCAUAGGCAAGGAGGAAGCUGCCCGCUCUGCUGCAGCCAGUGACGAAGCUGCCCGUGCCACCGCAGCCAGUGAUGAAGCUGCCUGUGCCACCAUAGGCAAGGAGGAAGCUGCCCGCUCUGCCGCAGCCAAUGACGAAGCUGCCUGUGCAACCGCCUCCAGUGAAAAAGCCAAGGAGAUAGUGCUUGGCACUGUAGAAGCUAGUGAGGCUUCUCUUAGAGCCCAUGAUGCUCCUGCCUCAGAGGAGAACAUAGAUAUAUCCUCUGACACCCUGGGAGACAGCAGUGCUCCUGCCCCUGUAGGUCCAGGGCAGGCACCAUCCUUAGCGGCCCCUGAGAACCCCAGUCAGGGCCACGUGGGCAGUGUUUCCAGAGAAGGAGAGCAGGAGGCCGAGGUCGGGCUCAAGGACCUCGAGGGGGUGGUGGGAUGCCAGGCUGGGGCCGCCAGGCACCCCACGUCUGCUUCCCACAAGUAG